UGAUGGCAUUGAAUUUGGUUAGUUGGAGACGAAUUAAGUAGGAAUGACAGGAGCGAUCUUGAAUCAUUCUUGGCUUUUAUCUAAAAAAUUUGGGAUUCGGUCAUAAUUUUCUUCUUUUCCGAUACAUCUCGUCAAGACGAACCAAUAAUCCACACAAGUUUGAUGCAAAACUAACACACGCGGAUUUAGUAUGAAUAAAGAAAAAACAAAAAGCCAAGUUGGAUUUUUUUAGGGAAACACUGUCUUAGAGUACUUGAGAUUCAACAUUGAUGCCUUUUUUUGUAAUCUCUGAAGUGCAUGUACAGGUACGAUAUAGGUAUUUCGUUAGGGGGGAAAUCUACAAAAUUCAGCAUACGGCUGGAAACUUCCCUAACACAAUUUUUGUUUAUAAAUGAGUAGGAAUGCAUUUUAUGAAAUCUUUGAAAAACUAAAUGAACCAAUUUGUUAAAUGGCUUAGUUGAUUAAGGUUCCAGCGAACAAACUUCAGUUAAUGUUAAGAAUAGCAAGUGGAGUGGUAAGCACCAUUUUUUCCCACACAUUUGAUAAGGGUUCAAACCUCACUAACUAACAGUGUUGACUUUCGCCGAGGAAAACAUGUUAAGAGUACUUACCAAACCAAAUCAAACUGAGCCUUAUGUCCCAAUCAAUUGGGGAAAAGUAAAAAAAGAUAACCUAUUGAAAAGAAAGUUGAUCCAAACAAGGCCUAAGGACUCAUUUGUAAACUUGGGUUGUUUAAAGCGCAUGUACAGGUACGAUAUAUGUAUUUCGAUAGGGGAAAACCUACAAAAUUCAGCGUACUGCGUACUUGUAUGGCUGGAAACUUCCCUUACACAAGGUUUCUUUAUAAAUUAUGAGGAAUGGAUUUUAUGAAAUCUUGCAAAAACCAAAUGAAUCAAUUAGUUGAAUGGUUUAGUUGAUUAAGAUUCCAUUGAACAGGUUAAUGUUAAGAGUAUGGUCCAAACAAAGUUCUAAUGUUAUUAAUUGAGGAAGCUAUUGUGAAGCUUAGAACAGAAAAAAGCCUAAUUAAGUUUAUUUUGUCUUUGUUUAAACAAAAAUAUUGUUUCAGGUUUGGUUGCGUACAACUUCAAACUAUACUUGGUGUGCCUUGGGUAUCACAAAAACUGAGGACAGAUUUAUGUUUGGAUUUUCCGUAGCCAUUACGCAUGUGGAAGUACCAUGCCAAGUAUUGGUCCCAAAUCGGCAUGUUUUUUGAAGUACCAUGCUUCAUAGUUGAUACUAUAGGAGUGAGAAGAACAAAAACUGGAUUGUAAGCGAUAAUAUUAAUUGCAAGUUCAUGGCCCAGCUCGUAUUUGUGUAGUAUUCACUGCUAUUCUUGAGAAUGAGGGGUCUGUACGAGUUAGCAGAUAAUGGGCUGCAUUUCUCGAUACCUUUACGAAGUUUUGUAAUUACUGCUGCAGAGUAGUAGUGAGAUACAACAAGAGACAGGUGGAGAUAGAAAUGGGGAUGACAACUCGGUCAGAGACUUUUUCAGUAGAUUUGGCAAUGGGAGGGGUGGCAGCUGUAAUAUCAAAGAGUGCAGCAGCUCCGAUUGAGAGAGUUAAACUUUUGUUACAAAAUCAAGGAGAGUUGUUAAAAAGAGGACUGCUAAAGAAACCAUAUAGGGGCAUUGGCGACUGUUUUGGAAGGGUCUUGAAAGAAGAGGGCGUAUUGGCUUUCUGGAGAGGUAACCAGGCCAAUGUCAUACGGUAUUUCCCAACUCAGGCUUUCAAUUUUGCAUUUAAAGGUUACUUCAAGAGUCUCUUUGGACGCUCCAAAGAGAAAGAUGGUUACAUCAAGUGGUUUGCUGGAAAUGUUGCUUCAGGGAGUGCUGCCGGAGCAACCACUUCAUUAUUUCUUUAUCAUUUGGACUAUGUACGAACCCGCUUGGGCACAGACGCAAACCAACAUAAUGGUCAGCGACAGUUUAGAGGAUUAAUAGAUGUUUACGAAAAAACCAUAUCCAGUGAUGGAUUUAUGGGACUUUAUCGGGGUUUUGGGGUGUCAAUUGUUGGAAUUACUCUCUACAGGGGCAUGUACUUUGGGAUCUAUGACAGUAUGAAGCCUAUUGUUUUGGUGGGGCCUUUUCAGGACAAUUUCUUUGCCAGUUUUUUGUUGGGUUGGAGUGUCACAACAGUUUCUGGGGUUUGUGCCUAUCCCUUUGACACCCUCCGAAGAAGGCUCAUGCUAACUUCAGGACAACCUGUGAAAUAUCGUAACGCGAUGCAUGCAUUCUGCGAAAUCAUUCGUGUAGAGGGCCUUAGCGCACUGUUUCGUGGAGUUGGAGCGAAUAUGCUUCUUGGUGUGGCAGGGGCUGGAGUUCUUGCAGGCUAUGAUCAACUGUACCGAAUCACCUAUAAACAUGGUCGCACUUCUGAGCCUCCUCGAGUCUUGAAGUGAAAAUCGAGUGCUGAACAUCACAAAUGUGUAGGCAGAAACUGUUUUACCAUCCACAAGGCUGUUGUGCUAAAUUGGAGAUGAAAAAACGAAGGCGGGUUUAUUCGAUUAUUGGUUAUUUGGGGAUGUUAUGGAGUAGAUGAAGCGGUUGAAAUCCCCUCAUUAUAUUAACUAGAAGCAAAAAGAUGAAAAGAGAAGAGGAGGAGGCCAAAGCCGGAGGAAGUUCUUUUAUUUUGACUGUUUCCUGGUGUAAUUGUAAAUGAUGACAUACCAGCUGGAGAUUGUGAACUCGGGAAGGUUCAUCAGGCGAAUGAAGAAAACAACACACACAGAGAUCUUAUGUAAAAAAUGAUUUAUAAGUGAGAGAGACCCUUAUGAAUCAUUUUUAUAGUCCAGUAUUCUAUCUUGAUUGAUCUAUCUUGAUAGAUCUGCAAUUUCACUUGUAAGAUUCAAUUGUUUUACGAUUUGAAUUAGCCAUUAUGCUCCAAUUUGUAUGGCAUUUGGCCCUUGUGCAAAUUUAUACCAGGAAAAGCAAUAUCAGAGUCUAUUCAUUGUUUUCACACAA